AUGACCUUUCAAUUCUUCCACCGCUUUCGCAAUAAAGAUAAGGAGAGAGAGAAAGUGAAGGGCAAAGAUCAACAGAAAGACCAGCCGGAAGAGGACCCUUCACAAUCAGACCCGCGAACGAUCCUGGCUCGGGUAGGCAUCUAUCAUGAAACCUGCAAGCAGAAUGGCAACCGUCGCGAUUUCAAGGCAAUGCCUCUUCCCCCACCCCGAAGACCCUUGACUCCUCCCGAUCAAGAGCUUGCGACCAUCCGGAGCAGGAGCAACACUCUCACAGCCAUCAACACGUCAACUACCAAUUUUCUCGACCUGAACAAUAACAGCACGCUUCCGCAGGACCAGAGUCUAUUCUUCUCGCGUCUACCCCAAGAAAUCCGUCAGCGAAUAUACCUUGAGCUGUUUGGUGGUCGGUCUGUCCACCUCGAAUACGAUUUUAGCUAUGCGCCGGGCUACCGUCAGAGAGAUAAGAGGCCGCCAGACCAAUGGCGCUGGUGGCAUCGGGUUUGUGAUGAAGUGGACCACCCAAAUCCCGGAGACAUGUGUCGUAUGAAUGACCUCGAGGAUCCGAAGCGGAUUGGACGACGACAGUUAUCGCGGUACAAGCUGAAAGGCGUGGCGUGGCUGCGAGUGUGCCGAAGAGCCACAAAUACAUUCCUCAUUUCCUCAUCGGUCAAGCUAUGUCGAUUGCCGAAAAUGAUUGCGCCGUCACAUUUAUCGCGCAUCGCUUCGCUGGACAUUCUGCACGUCGCAAAGGCAACUACACCGUCAACAAUGACCGACUACGAGUGGGAGACAUACCAAACCCUCUUCCGGACGUUACGAUUAGCGUACGUUGGCGUCAGGCGCUUGCGCUUGGUUAUCCAUAUUUUGAACAAAAGCUGCACCCCGCGCGCUGGAACAGUUCCAGAAGAGCUGGAUGAAGCCUGGAUUCGUCCCUGGUCGGAGCUGGCGUCUUCCCGACAGUGGGAGAAACUCGAGAUUGGGCUGCAAGAUAGCUGGUUUGACGACUUUUCCGCUGCUGGAAGGCGAUGGGAAGCCAGGAAUAGGCGUCAGCUGGAGGAUCCAGGGUACUCACUGGUGCGAGUAGACGAUUUCACAACAUGGGAUGGAAGGUUGUCGGAGAUCUGGAAUGCGGUUUAUCUGUAG